GGCCAGGAGCUCUGCCCAUGACCUGUAACCCACAUACUCCACCUACCAUUCCUCGCCCUGCGCCCAGAGCCGAGUCCUGUAUGAGCCCUUUAUCCUCACACACUUUUCUACAAUGGCAUUCAAUAAAGUGUAUAUGCUUCUGGUGGUGCUGCGACUUCACCUGGGGAGCGGUCCUGCUGGAAGCCCAGAUGGACCCCCCUUUCAUGAGCAGGUUGGUCAGCCCCUGCACUGCCCCUUCUGGCCUCUGUGCAGUUCUUGGGGUCGGGGCAAGUGCUCAGGCCUUCUGGUUUCGGGCCUCCCGCCGUGGGCAGCAGCUGGAUCCAGGACCCUGGGAGGAGUUCCUGUGUCCUGCAGGUCUCAGCUCCGACUCAAGGUGGGCUCUUUUCGGGAACGUCAGUGCUGAGUCCGGGACACCCUGGGCCCAAGGCCACAUUCUCGGCCUGUCAGCAAUCCAGGCUCUCGGCUCAGGACAGAGGGAAGGGUUAAGCCCCCAGCAGGGCCAGGGAGGGGCAAGGUGGCACCGGCUCCCCAGCUGCUCCCAGGCCCCGCUCUGUGGUGCUGGGGACCUGGCUUUAGUUCCUCGGGGUGGAGGGAGCACCGAGCUGCCUGCCUCCGAGCUCUCUGGAGCAGCCAGUCCUGCACAUGUGGGCAGCUCAGGCCCUGUGGGAGGGAGAGGGCCUUGUGCCCAGGGCAGCAGCUGAAGGAGCCCCGGGCCUCGCAGCCCCUCCUGGCUGACCCGGUGCUGCUUCGUGGCAGCUGCCCCCUCCGGUCCAGCGGGUAUCGGCCCUGCUCCCCCGUGGUGGGGGCAGCACAGGAGAGUGGAGCGGCCCUCACCGAAGUUCCCCGGGUCUGACCCCCCCGACAGAGACCCCCCGCCCCGACCUGGUUACAGCUCCCUUCCCCGGUUCGGUCUCCGGUGUGCGCAUGUGGGGUGCCCCAUGGGCGGCCGCGGUAGGAGCCGGGGUGGCCACGCGCGCCCCCGCCCCGCCCUCCACCCCCGACUCCAGGUCUGGAUCUACUCGCUCUCCCCACCCUUACCCGCCCCCAGCCCCGGAGCCGCGCUCUCACCCCAGGGGCCGCAAGGGCGAUGGACGCGGAGGAAGCGCCCUCUCCCCCUCAGGGGUCUC